AUGAAGUUAAGCCUGCUCGUCGUGGCAGCCGUGACCGUUGCCACGUGCUAUGCCCUCCCGGUGCCGAAGGAAGGAGAAGUUUUCACGGUCUAUCCGGUGAACAGUGCUUUGGCGCAGAACACGACCGAUCCGUCAGUGGAAGCCAAACCGGACCAGACCAAUGCGCCGGUGCCGGUGAAUGUUCCUUCAGCUCCGGUGGCAGUUUCUGAGAAAUCGGUAGAAAAUAAACCCGAGCUCCUGAAAACAGUUCCCGUGGAGGGAAAGCCGGUGGAGGCGCCAGUGAAGGAGGAAAGCGUUAAGGCCGUCCCUAACCCGACCGCUGAAGUUAAGUCGACUCUGCUGAAGCAAGCGGGAGUUCCUAAUCCGACGGCUGAAGUUAAGUCGGCUCCGCUGAAGGAAGCGGAAGCUGAAGCGAAGCCUGCUCAAGCGUCGGCCCCUGUCGGCGAAGUCCAGGAGAAGGAUGAAGACGUAGUCGAUGACGUAGAGCUUGCCGAUGGUACUUUGGUGCUCAUUGAAGAGCCGGAGGAGGUCUCUGAAGUCAUCGAGCCGGAGCUGGUCGCUGGAGUAAUCGAGCCGAUGCUGGUCAGCGGUGUGGUUGAAGCGAAGUUGGUCAGCGGAGUCAUCGAACCGAAGGUGACCGGUGGAGUGGUCGAGACUAAGCCUGUUGCUGCCGAGCCUAAGCCAGCAGAGGCAAAGAAAGAGGCCGUUCCAGUGGUAAAAUCUGCCGAACCCGAAAAGCCUAAAGCGGAUGCCGUAUCUCCAGCUCAAGAAAAUGCCCCAAAAUCGGUUGAACCCGUUCAGGUAGAGAAAAAAUUGGAUGCGGUCGUCGAAGCUGCUAAGGAUAAGCCUGUGCAACCUGAGGUGAAGCUGGCGUCGGUCGAUAACAAACCGGAAAAACUCACCGAGCAGCCUAAGGAGGAGGUUAAGUCCGAACCUACGCAGCUACGUUCCGCGGUCAAUGAACAACUCCCGGCCGUAACGACAGCAGCGUCUCAGCCGGAGCAGAAGGAAGCUGUAAAGAGCGUCAAUGAAGUGCCAGCCGCAAAGGUAGAGGAUAAGAAACCGGUGGAAGAGAAGCCCGCGGACGCGAAAGUGGUAGCUGUCCCAGAGGUAAAGGCUGCUGCGGCCGCCUUGGAGCCCAACCAACCAGCCGUGCCCGCUAACGACCCGCAGCCACAAACGGAAGGAAAAAUCGAGGAAAAGCCAACGAAGGUUCGGGCCGUUCCGAUCGUCGAAGGGUUGAAGGUGGCACAACCGGUGGAAGCGGAACCGGCCAUAACCAAAAUCCACGUGUCGGUAAUCCAGGAAGAGUUCCCCGUGCGUGCGGAAAGCGUCGCUGCGAAGGAACCGGUUCCGGUUGCUCCGGUUGUCGUGAGUGAAGAGAAAAAGCUAGCUGAGCCAGUUCCAGUUUCCGUGUCGGCUGUGAAAAAUGACGAUGUCAGUGGCACGAAGCCAGCGCCAGCUGCAGUUGACGCGCCCGUCGUUAAAUCACUCGCGGCUGCGGCGGAAAAGCCAUCAGAAGUGAAGGCUGAAGUUGUCAGUGAUAAACCUGCGGACGUUAAGAGCGUAGAGCCGGCUGUGAAGAGUGAUGCCGAAGCCAAACCAGUUGAACCGAAGAAGGAUGAGCCGUCCGUUAAAGCUGUUCCGGUCCCAGCAACAACCGUCGUUGCCAGUGUGAAUGCAGAGGACGUUACCACGGUUGUAGCUGUUACGGAGAAACCGGAACAAGUAGCCACGGUACAAGCUGUGCCAGUAACGGAGAAGAGCCCACAGGAGCAGCCAACAUCGGUGGCUGUUGACGUUAAACCGGCGCUGAAAUCGGUCGAGCAGCUGGCAAAAGCUGCCGACGCAGGGAGUUCUCAGCCGGCCACCACCACUAAAAGCGCCGAGACUGUCAAAGAAAGUACUAAGGAUCAGAGUAACGGUGACAGUACAACGGUAACGGCCUCGACGGAAGCGGAUAGCACCACCGUUACGAGCGUUACAGAACCCGAACCCGUCCCGACACCCGCUAAGCAGAAGGGCAAGAAACAAGCUCCUGCUGAGCUGAAGGGAUACAGGCAACGCUUGAAGCAGCAGGAAGCACAAACCAAGAAACAAGCCAACAGCAGCGAGUAA